AGUUCACUAAAAAAGGAUCCCAAUGGAAUUACAGCUUUAAUUUGCUGUACAAAUUCUAGCAACCUGUUGACACAACUUUUCUAGAGUUGCUCUCAAGAGUAGUAUUCAAUUCUGGUUUCUUUUUUACUCAAACAAUUACUAAUUCCCAUUCCCACUCACUUCCUGUAAUUCUGGUUGAAUUGAAACACUCUAAUAUCUGAUUUUCAUCAGCCUGGGUAUAAGCCUUAGCUUCAUAGUUAGUUAUGUUCUGUAUGAAAAAACCCAAAUCUUUCAUUUUUAUAAGUUAUGUUAAGUCUGAGUUGCAAAGGCAAAAGAUUAUAUUUCAAGUUUCUUGAUGAAAUGGUAAUGCUGCCUUGGCAUUUGGCAGUCUUUGGUGUAGUGUGAAAUUAAUUGAAUGCAGUAUAUCAGGAAAAUUACUGGUCCAUAGCAUUCUCUGAUACUGUCUUUGUACCUUUUUAAGCUGUGCCUUUCUUCAUUGAUUAGGUGGCUGACGCAUCACAGUUGCAAAUCAAAACUUUUUUUUUUUAAUGGGAUAAAUUCACUUACAGAACUGGAGUCUAGUACAGCAUUUUGACUAUUAUGUCACAUACCCAUUUUGCUGAAAGCUCUACCCUUUUUAGCUGUUCAGGCUAAAAAUCUAAAGAAAUGAAUGUGAUUGUGUCGUGGUCUAAAUUUUCACACUAAGGAGCACCAUAUUUUCUAGCCGUCACUUUAAUUGGACAUGUCAGUUAACAUGAGGUGCCCGGAGAGAACCUCUUUGGAUAGGAUUAAGAUUACCCAAUGAAGUGUUUUAAGUCUUAAACCUUCAGUUGCUGAUGGUGUAAUCAUUUCUGCCUGUACUUAACUGUACUUAAUCAUUUCUGCCUUUUUCUGUCUUACAUUCAACACAUGCACAAUGUAACAAAAACCAGGUUGUGUGUUCUAGCAAAUAGGAAUGCUUUAACUUCUCUGAGAAGAGUUUCCAAACCUAAAAAUACUGCAUGUGUUAUGGAUAGCCAAUGUGAGAAGUUGGGCCUGGGAACUUCAUGCCUGAGUUAUUGUUUGCUGUCUGCAUCUUUACCAACUACCAAGCAUACAGUAUUUUUAAUUGCAAAAGUUAAAUAUGUCUGUCAUCUCGUUGUGCUUAAGUUGUGGAAUGUCGAAGACCAGCAGGAUGGAGGCUUCCUGCCUAGAGCUGGCUUUGGAAGGUGAGCGCCUGUGUAAAGCAGGAGAUUGCCGAGCUGGUGUAUCUUUCUUUGAAGCAGCUGUUCAGGUUGGAACUGAAGAUUUAAAAACACUCAGUGCUAUUUACAGCCAGUUAGGCAAUGCCUAUUUCUACUUGCAUGAAUACGCAAAGGCCUUGGAAUACCACCACCACGAUUUAACUCUUGCAAGGACAAUCGGAGAUCUACUGGGAGAAGCUAAAGCUAGUGGGAAUCUGGGCAACACCUUAAAGGUACUUGGGAAUUUUGAAGAAGCUAUUGUUUGUUGUCAAAGACAUCUGGAUAUUUCCAGAGAGCUUAACGAUAAGGUUGGAGAAGCAAGAGCACUGUAUAAUCUGGGAAACGUGUAUCACUCGAAAGGGAAAAAUGUAGCUAGUGCUGGGACUCAUGAUCCAGGGGAACUUCCAGAUGAUGUGAAAAAUGCUUUACAAAAAGCUGCAAAUUAUUAUGAGGAAAACCUGACAAUAGUAACAGAGCUGGAUGAUAGAGCAGCACAGGGACGUGCCUUUGGAAAUCUGGGAAACACACACUAUCUUCUGGGCAACUUCAGGAGUGCAGUUUUAGCCCAUGAACAGCGUCUCCUAAUUGCAAAAGAAUUUGGUGAUAGAUCAGCGGAAAGAAGAGCAUACAGCAACCUUGGAAAUGCCUACAUAUUCCUGGGUGAAUUUGAAACCGCUUCUGAUUACUACAAGAGGACGUUACAGCUGGCUCGACAGCUUAAAGACAGAGCUGUGGAAGCACAGGCCUGCUACAGCCUUGGGAACACAUAUACUUUGCUUCAAGACUACGAAAAAGCAAUUGAUUAUCAUUUGAAACACCUUGUGAUUGCUCAGGAAUUAAAUGAUAAAAUUGGUGAAGGAAGAGCAUGCUGGAGCUUAGGGAAUGCAUACACUGCUCUGGGAAAUCAUGACCAAGCUAUGCAUUUUGCAGAAAGGCACUUGGAGAUUUCAAGAGAGGUAGGAGAUAGAAGUGGGGAACUCACUGCUAGACUUAAUCUCUCAGAUCUUCAAAUGGUUCUCGGAUUAAGCUACAGCACAAACACCUCCAUGAUGUCAGAAAGCCAUGUGGUAGAUCACAGUCUGAAUGGUACCAGACCAAAAGUAGGACGCCGCCACAGUAUGGAGAACAUGGAACUUAUGAAAUUAACACCAGAAAAGGUUCAGAACUGGAACAGUGAGAUUCUUGCUAAGCAGAAACCACUGGUUGCCAAACCUUCAGCAAAACUGCAUUUUGUAAAUCGACUAAAAGGCAAAAAGUACAAAAAUGGCACCGCUUCCAAAGUUUUGCAGGAUGCCAGUAAUUCUAUUGAUCAUCGACUUCCAAACUCUCAGAGGAAAAACAGUCGAGAGACUAUGGCAGAUGAAGGGUUCUUUGAUCUGCUGAGUCGAUUCCAGAGUAACAGGAUGGAUGAUCAGAGAUGCUACUUCCAGGAGAAGAACAGACUCUCAGCUGCUUCAGUGGCAACAUCCUCUACUCCACCUAAAACAAUGAGAAAAUCCUUUUCUACUUCUGUAGUCUCACCCCACACAGAUGAAUUUCUAGACCUACUUGCUUGCUCACAGAGCCGCCGGCUAGAUGACCAACGCGCUAGCUUUAGUAAUCUUCCUGGACUUCGGCUUAAUCAACACAACAGUCAGUCAGUCCUGGGUCACCUCAUGGCAAGUAACAACAGAGAACUAGAUGAUGACUUCUUCGAUAUAUUGAUAAAAUGCCAGGGGUCCAGACUGGAUGAUCAAAGAUGUGCUCCUCCAUCAUCUGCAAAAGGACCAACUGUACCAGAUGAGGAUUUUUUCAGCCUGAUUUUACGAUCACAAGCUAAGAGAAUGGAUGAACAAAGAGUCCAUUUGCCCUCGACUAUAAAGGGACCAAAUUCUAGCUGAAGAAAGAAACAGGUGCGUACUGUACAGUAGCAUCUUAGGUAUCAUCUUUGUUUGCUGGAAAAACAUACAUGCCUUUUUACAGAAGACUGCAGUUAAUAGCUUUGUCCCCUUUCUAAUAAUUUUUUGUAUAAAUAGCAGCAGCAUCACACUCGUGACCAGUAGUUAGAGUUGCCGCUGCUCUCUGCAGUUGGCAGCUGCUUUUAGCGGUGCCCGAGAUACCGAUUACUGUAUCUCCCUCUUAACUGCCUCUAGUCUAUGAACAUUAAUACAAAUUUUUUCCCUGUGAAAGUAUUCUCAUUACUGAUGUGUAGAUUCUACCACUGUCUCCAUCUAGCACAAGACCUAAAUUUGUAUGUUCUUUUUAAAGAAAACUUUUUUUUUUUCUGAUUUGUACCUCCCUGGAAAAAGGUCCUGUUUUCUUUUGUACUUUUUAUAAAAAUAAAAAAAAUUUAAAAAAAAAAAGAUAAAUAGUUUCAGUACUUAAUCUGUCUUUGCAGAAACACAGUUUGGAAGAAACAAACA